UGUAAAAGCUGCCCCUCAUCACCGGCCAGUUCAUCAACUGCUUUAGCGCCUGACAGGGUAGACCCCACCAAAUAUCACACUCACUGGACGAGCUUCUACUCACCUCCAAUAUAGGACCUUUUGGUUAUAUCACAACAUCUGGCAGUCCCAUCACAUAAAACCCGUCCAUGUUUACCUAGCUAGAAACCUGACUCAUUGACUUGUCCUACGCCCGGCGAGAAUAUAGGCACAUUGCCAGUUCGUCUCGAAAACCUAUCACAGCUCCCUAAAGACUCACUACCCUGUACUCACCGCUUUGCAUCCUCUGGAUACUGCUCUCAAGUAAUUCUACCUUUCCAUUCAAGCUCACAACAAAAGGAUGAAGCGCUCACGAGAGCUCGAAGAAGAUCUAGAUUCCGAUUCUGAACAGACAAACGCGGAACCGUCCCUACGUCCAGUAUCAAAAGUAACUCAGCUUGAAUCGGCCAUCGACGACGAAGAGGAUACCAUAGCCAUGAGAUGCAACUUGCCUCCGCACAAAGAGCCUCUGGCCUUUAGAUCCUACGACGAAUACGAGGUCCAUUACAACAAGUCCCACACUAAUAGGUGUAUUGAGUGCCACAAGAACUUCCCAAGCGAACAUCUGCUCAACGUCCACAUUGAAGAAUACCACGACCCUUUAGUGAUCGUGAAGCGGGAACAAGGCGAGCAUACUUAUUCGUGCUUCGUCGAGGGAUGUGAGCGUAAGUGCAUGACACACCAGAAGAGGCGUAUGCAUCUCAUCGACAAGCACAUGUAUCCAAAGAACUUCUUCUUUGCCGUCACUAGAGACGGUAUUGACGGUAGGCGGUCCCUGCUAAACGAUGGCAGUCAUCAUCGCCGCCGAUCAUCAGCCAACUCGCAAGCUAUAAAGAACUCUAGGCGUCGCGCCAGUCUCAUGGAGGGCGAGAAUGUCUCUUCACAGCCGGAGGACACAUCAAAAGAGUCACCAAAGUCACCGGCGGUGAAGAACGUGGAAAACAAGCAGGAAAAGCACAAGCCAGCCGACACAGAAAUGGCAGAUCUUACAGGUGCCAUGUCGUCACUAUCCUUUGUCCCACCGAGUGUCCGGUUUGGACGUGGAAGAGCUGGCUUUUCCAAAAGAUGAAGCAGAGAUGAUGUUUCAGACUGGCUAGGAGUAUCAGCACACUUUUGGUAAAGACAUGAUGCAGCCAAUAAAAGGAUUUUCUACCUCAUCGCGUCGAUAUAUAUCGCUUUUGCCUCGAAUCGUUAUCGAUGCGUGUUGAUGAAUUAAUAAUACGCCCAACGCCGUCUCUUCCUUUGAACUUGCAGGUGUUUCCUCC